UUGGAUGGUAUCAGUUGGCAUGGUGUAUAGCUUAAACCUUCGGUCUAUAUAUACUUUACUAUCAUAAUGCAUCAGUAAUCUUCAUCACAGGCCAGCUUCAUUCUUCAUAUACAGCUCAAUCCAUAGUAUAUAUAUAUUUACGACAUACACCGUUCAUAUAUAUAAAUUAAAAUGGAGAGCAAAGUAGUGGGAUACUGUGCAGUUGCGGCGAUCCUUGGAAUUAUAGCUGCAGCAACAGGUUUUGCAGCCGAGGCCACCAAGGUUAAGGCUUCUGAAGUUUAUAUCGUGUUCGAUGUGUGUGUUUAUCCAAGCAGUCCGGCUCUUGCACUUGGAAUCGUAUCGGCUGUGUUCACAAUCAUUACACGAAUUUACAUAAGUGUUUCGUUUGGUGGAUCUGGUUGUUGUCGUUCUGAUCCUAACUCCACCCCUAUUUCCAAACUUCUUUUCGUAUUAUCAUGGGUAGCUUCAGUUGUGGGAGUGGCGCUAUUGUUUACGGCCGCAGGACUAAAUAAUAGACAAGGUGGACAGGUUAAUACAUAUGGUUAUAUCUUCUGUUAUGUUGUGAAGCCCGGAAUCUUUGCAGCAGGAGCUAUUUUAGCUCUUUUGAGUGCAGUUUUCGGGAUUGCUGCUUAUAUAACCUUAACGCCGCCGCCACAAACCACCACAAACAACCCGGUUGCGUACCCCAUGGGUGCUAUGAAUGUUGACCCGGAGAAAAAUCCAGUCCCAUUCCCUCCUCCUCAACAAUAUCCUCCUCAACAAUACCCUCCACAACAACAUUAAUUAAAAUGGAGAACAUGAUCGAAUGCAUGGUUCAAACAAGGGAAUUAUACAUUUAUAAUUUCUUGUUUGUUUUUUUGUUGUACGUGUUGUUUUUUAUUUCAAUCUUCAAUUCGUCAUAUUGUCGAAUCGUAUAUGUUAUUAAUUUGUAUAUUUGAGUUCCCUAUAAGUUUGAAUUUUCGAUUGAGUUA